GUGCUUUCUGGUAAUCGGUACUGAUCUGGCCUGGGAGCCUGCCGGUCACACGCGGCGAAAGCCACGCACGGUUGGGCUAGGGAAUUCCUGGGGUAAGCCUAGGUGUCAUAUGUAAGACAGUCACAAAAGCGCUGCAGAUUCGGCAACAGUGGUCUGGUUUGGUAAAAGGUUAUAGCUAUAUGUCGUGGUUCCAAAUAGAAAAACUCAAAUGUAUUUUGGGCGGCAAUACUCCCAUACCACGAUCUUCCCCUUUGGGCUGUUUACUAGCACACUGGAAGGAGGGAGGCUUUGGACAGGAGUUACGAAAAGGUAAACUAGUUGAUUACUGUAAUGUUUGGUGGCCACAGUAUGAACUAGAAGAUCAAGAGAGUUGGCCAGAAAAUUGAACUUUGCAAUACAAUACUAUCUUACAAUUAAUGUUAUUUUGUAAGCAAGAAGGCAAGUGGGAUGAGAUUCCAUAUGUAGAAUUAUUUUUCUAUUUGCAAGAUAAGCCCGAGUGGCAACAUGCUUGCAGGAUAAUGAUGGCUGAAAUAAUUGUUGAUGAGCAAUGCAAAGCAUGUACAGGAGAAAAGCGCUGUAUAGGGCAUCAAGCGUUAGAGAAUGGUAUGUAUUAUAGACAGGACGAUGGAAAUAUAUAUUUGGAAGUAGUACCAUCAGCCCCAUUAGAACAAGGGCAGGCUGUCAGGGAAGAAAGUGAGGAUAGUGAGGGGGAGAAGGAAGUAGAAAAAGGAGCGGUAGCUUCAGCUACCCCGGUAUCAUAUAGAACCCGAUGAUGAGACCAUAAAGGUGCUGCCGAAUGUAUGAUAAGAGAGAAAGACGGAACAAGAAGACAAAAGAAAAACAUAAUUGCUCCUUUCAGACAAGGAGUAGGGACAGAAGGGCCAGUAUAUGUUAAAGUACUGUUUAAUCCAGGAGACCCAGUAAUUUGGAAACAAGUAGCAGGAAUGUAUCAGGAAAACCCUGAUAAAGUAGCUAGGGUAAUGAAAAUGAUAAUUAAAACCCAGAAUCCGGACUGGGAUGACCUUCAAGUAAUAUUAGAUACAUUAAUGGACUCAACAGAAAAGGAUAUGGUGUUAAGAGCAGCUAGAGAAAGAGCAAGAGAGGAUAUCCAGAAUGGGUUAGUCCCAGGAAACAUAGAUCAGAAUUUUCCAAUGGAAGACCCACAAUGGGACUAUAACACAGGGGAAGGUAUGAGAAGAUUGAAAAGGUAUCGGGACUGGGUACAAAUAGGGGUGCAGAGUGCCAUGCCCAAAACUAUAAAUUGGUCCAAACUGUAUAAUAUUAGGCAGGAGAAAACAGAAUCUCACUCCGCAUUUCUGGAAAGGCUUAAGGAAAUCGCAAAGAAAUAUACUGACCUAGAUGUAGAAACAGAACAAGCUAAAGCACAGUUAGCUCUUAUCUUUUUAGUACAAUCACAGAAAGAUAUUCAGAAGAAAUUACAGAAACUGGAAGGAGGAGACUUGAGAAAUAUGGAUAGAUUGUUAGAAAUAGCCUGGAAAGUAUACAACAAUAGAGAAAAUGAAUCCACUAGGAGGCAGCAACAGAUUCUGUUAGCAGUGAUUCAAGGCAGAAGAAACCAAGGAUUCAGAGGGAGAGCAAGAGGAUUUGCUAGAGGACGGGGAGUUAGUAUAGGAAGGGGUCGUGGAGACUUUAGUGGAAAUCCAGGAGGAAGAUCAGGAUUGAAUCAGUGUGCUUAUUGUAAAAAGGAAGGGCAUUGGAAAAAUGAGUGUCUGUUUAGAAGAGACCGAUUCUCGGGAAAUUCAUUUCAGAAUCAGGAAGCCGUUAAGGCAAUGGUGCUAGGAGAUUUUAGUAGCUGACUAGAUACAGAACAUAAAGCAGCCAAAGAACCUUUAGUAAAGAUUCAAUUAGGGGAUAAGGAAGUGAGGUUCUUGAUAGAUACAGGAGCAACAUAUUCAGUGUUAAAUAGUUUAAAAGGACAAUUACGAAAUAAGACAGACGACUACAAUAGUUGGAGCCACAGGGAAGGAGGAGGAAUGGCUGUUUUUACAACCUCUUGAUUUGCGUUUUGGAGAUAGUAGAAAAUUAUUUGCCUUUGAAUGGGAAAACACGCAGAAUGGAUGAAAGACACAAUUAACUUGGACAAGACUUCUGCAAGGCUUCAAAAAUAGCCCGACCCUCUUCGGAAGCCAGCUGGCCAAGGAACUGGAGAUCUGGACAACGCAAGGACAAAUACAGUAUUUCUAGGAACUGUUCCAGUAGAAGGACCGUUAGAACACAAUUGUGUGGAAAUAAUCGAACAUACUCAUGCUAGCCGCGAAGAUUUGAAGGAUAUACCCCUUGAAAGGUAUGACUGGGAACUUUUUACUGAUGGUAGUAGUUUUGUGGAAAAUGGAACACGAUAUGCAGGGUAUGCAGUGACAACCUUGAAAACAGUAAUCAAAGCAAAACCUUUACCACCUGGAACAUCGGCACAGCGAGCGGAACGGAUAGCUCUGACUUGAGCACUGGAACCGAGUAAAGAAAAGAUGGUAAAUAUUUGGACAGAUUCAAAGUAUGCCUUUGGAGUGGUCCACGUUCAUGAAGCGUUAUGGAAAGAGGGUUGUUGUCCUCACAAGGGGCCAAUAUAAGAUAUCAAGAGGAGGUGUUAAAUUUGAUAAAUGCGGUACAAAAAAAAAAGUGGCUGUUAUGCACUGAAAGGCCCAUCAAGGAGGAACCUCAAAGAUAUCAGAAGGGAAUUGGUUGGCAGAUCGAGCAGCUCGACAAAUUGCUCAGAAGGUGUGGAGUGUGAUGGCUUUGGUACCGCUCAAGGUAGGCCCCAGUCAUCUUAAUCUUCCCAAGGAACCAAGAUAUUUGCCAGAGGAUGAGAAAUUAGCAAAUCUCCUAAAGGCCCAAAAGAACUCUGAUGGAUGGUAUGUAACCGCUACGGGCCAGCUGGUAUUAUCCCCCUUGGUGAUGUGGGCAAUACUCCAGACAAGACAUAAUGAGUGUUACUGGGGCGCAGAGGCAAUGGUAACAUUUUUAAAACGUAAUAUUAUCUCUACACAUAUGUUAACGAUGGCCAAACCAGUAAUGUCAAAGUGUGAGAUUUGUCUGAAAAAUAAUCCAGUAGCAAGAAAACAUGCUGAAAUGGGAAAAGUUAGAGUAGGAAUAGAACCGGGAGAUUACUGGCAAAUUGAUUUUGUAGAGUUACCUAGGACUAGGGGAUAUAGGUAUCUUUUAGUAGGGGUUGACACCUUUUUUGGAUGGCCAGAAGCCCUUCCCUGUCACACCAAUCAAGCUAAAGAGACAGUAAAAUGGUUCUUGAGAGAAAUCAUUCCAAGGUUUGGGGUACCGUUAGGCAUAUCCUCAGAUAGGGGACCACACUUUAUUGCAUCCGUGGUUAAAGAUGUAAGCAGGCUAUUAGGAAUUUCUUGGAAUUUACAUACUGCAUGGAGACCCCAAUCUAGUGGACAGGUAGAGAAGAUGAACCAAACACUGAAGGGACAGAUUAGUAAAAUCUGCCAGGAAGCCAAAAUACAAUGGCCACAAGCUUUGCCUAUAGCCUUAUUGAGAAUAAGGAUAAAGCCAAGGAGUGGAAUGUCAGUAAGCCCAUACAAAAUUAUGUAUGGAAAGCCUUAUGAAUCCCCAGAACCAAAUCCUAAUAUGCACAUGAAAGGGAACCAGGAUGUUUAUAAUUAUGUAUUAUCUCUUGGUAAAACUUCAGCUCAACUUCGAAGUGUUUUGGUAUGGAGAACCCUGUCCACAAUAUUCAGCCAGGAGACCGAGUGUAUAUUAAAAAUUGGAACGAAGAACCCCUGAAAGAACGGUGGGCCGGACCUUAUCAAGUAUUAUUGACUACUUUUACAGCUGUAAAGGUAGAAGGGGUGGAUGCUUGGGUUCAUUAUACUCGGGUGAAAAAGGUUCCUGAACUUUGGUCGGUGCAAGCAAUCAGAGAUACAAAACUACAGAUGAGGCGCGUAUAACCAUACAAUGUCAGGGUUCUUAACAAUGGUAACAAUAAUUGUUUUGUGUAAAUACCUUGUAAUUGGGUUCCUAGAAAUACCAAAAAGGUAUAAGAAAGAGGAAAUAUUUGAGGGAGAAAAUGUUACUUUGGAAUGUGGAAUGCAAGACAAUAAACCAAUAACAAUUAUCUCUGUACAGGUGGUUUGGGAGAAAAUAAAUUACUUUGGACAGAGACAGGAAAUAUACAUAAAUACAAUCAGGGACAAUACAGGAGUGAAAGAUGGAUGGAAGGGAAAGGCUUUAAAGUUUCCUUUUAAAGGAAAAUUGGAAAGCCUACAAAUUAGUAGAGCAAAAAGAAGUUUAGAAGAAGGGGCAGAUGAAGCUAUAUGGCAUGAACCCUCGAGUGGAGUUAGCACCAGUAGCUACUUACCGAAAUAGGGAGAUGAUCUACAAACUUACAGGACAAGUAAGUAGGCUCGCGAGAGCCACAAAAGAGGGUUUUAGAGAUUUUAAUAUCCAACUACAAGCUACAACUAAAAUGACUCUACAGAACUGAUUGGCAUUAGAUACACUCUUAUUAAAGGAACAUGGAGCGUGAGGAUUUUUAAAAGAUCGUAUUGAUCAUUGCUGCAUCCACAUUCCAAAUGUGACUAUCGAUGUAGAACAUGAUAUAGAACAGUUGACUCAAGUAGAACGAGAUGCAGAACAGGAAGAGAAAGAUAUGACGACAAGCUGGUUGGAUAAAAUUUUUAGCGGACGUGUUGCAGCCUGAAUCCUAGCAGGGACGGGCUUUGAUAAGAUGUUUUAAGUGUGGCCAGGCUGGCCAAUUCAAAUAGGAAUAUCUGGAGUGGAAGAAGGAGGAAAGAAGGAAAAUGGGAUGAAAUAUGGUAUACUGAUAUGUUGUUUCAGCAUCCAGGAGGGGGAAAGGUAUGGAAUUAGGUUGGCCAAUGACUGAGCCUUUCGUGAAAGUACAGGCUGGAGAAUGAUAAAAAGAAGUGUUAAAAAGCGUUAUUGAAGGUGUUAAAGGUGUGGCGUGUAGCAUUUGACAGAGCUGUUUGAAGUUGAAUGAGCAGGGAAAGGGGAUGUAGGC